AUGAAGAAACAAUUUGGAAUGUUCUGAUGACGUAUUCUGACUCAGCCUCACGACACGGAAGUGACAAGCAGACAUCAGAAACAGAACUGACGUUUUUGACGCACUGUCAUUAUUCUGUACCCUCCCGAGAACAGACAGCACGUCAGGCAUGUUUCAGGGAGUACAUGCGAACCCUGGCCCAGCUGCUAACAGGCCAGAGCUAAUGGAGGAAGUGAAGCUCCAUCGGACGUCCCGUGAGAGAGAGCGCUAUGAUAACCAAGCUGAACUGUUUGCUGUCAUCAACACCCUACAGAACCUAGAGAAGGCUUACAUCAAGGAUGCCAUCAGGCCAGAAGAGUACACAGCUGCCUGCUCCAAGCUCUUGGCCCAGUACAAGGUAGCCUUCAAACAGGUCAAAGGGGAUGAGUUCCAGACUGUAGAAGCUUUCAUGAAGAAGUACAGGAUGAACUGUCCAGCUGCUCUCGAAAGAAUAAAGGAGGAUCGACCAAUCACAAUCAAGGAUGAUAAGGGCAACACAUCCAAGAGUAUCGCAGAUAUAGUCUCACUGUUCAUCACAGUCAUGGACAAGUUGAGGCUGGAGAUCAGGGCUAUGGAUGAGAUUCAGCCAGACUUGCGUGAGCUCCUGGAAACUAUGAACAGACUCAGUUCUCUUCCUCCUGACUUUGAGGGGAAAGCAACAGUCAGCAGAUGGCUCCAAACAUUCAGUAACAUGCAGGCCCAUGAUGAACUGGAUGACAACCAGGUCCGACAGAUGCUUUUUGACCUGGAGUCUGCGUACAAUGCCUUCAACCGACAACUUCGUUGAGUCAGCAGCCAUAUUGAUAUGUUAUUCGAUAUAGGAGAAUUCUUUUUACAACCAGCAGGAACUUACAUUGCUUGAGCUUC